AUGCUUAGCGUCGCGGCCAGCGCCGCCGCCGUGGUUCUCUCGGCCUUCGCUGCGGGCCUCCCGCUCUGGUCUCUCCUCGCGUACUCGAACAACGGCCAAAUGACAUCGGCGACGUUCACAGCUGGCGUGUGGGGCUACUGCACCGACGUCUCGUUCCUCCAGUCCGGCUCGCAUGGGCUCGACGAAAGCGUGCAGACGACGGGGCAGUGCUACCUCUACUACAGCAGCAGCCGCAAUGUCCGUGUGGACUUAAACGCGACGGACGCCAACUCGACCAUCGUACUGCCCAACCACGGCGCGUGCGCGACGUUCGCCCAAGACGGCGGCUCCAAGAAGCGCCUUCUCUCUACCGUGCUCGACAUUGACGAAGCAACGUUCGACGCCUUCUUGACCAACACAUGCAGCGCCAAGGGCAAGGCGUCGCUCGCGUUCGCAAUGCUGAGCCCCAUCUUUGGGGCCUUUGCCUUCUGCCUCCUUCUCGCCGGCGUCUGCUGCGCGCGCAACGGGUCGUGCAUUGUGGGCUUUGCCGCCAUGAUGACAGGCCUUGCAACGAUCUGGUCCGCGAUCGCGUUCAUCGUUUGGAGCGGCCAAGCGCCGUCGGGCCAGCGCUUGCGCCUCGGUGCGUCGUACUACAUGGAGGUCGCUGCGACCGUCUCGUACGCGACGUCGUGCUUCUUUGCCGCCGUGCACAUGCAGCAAGGCAAGAAGGGCGAGCGCAAGUCGAACGCCAAGGCGACGAGCAACUUGCAGGCGACGCUCGACAAGCAGCGCAGCAAGGUCGCUUCUGGGCGCAUGCCCACGCGCCUCGUCUAG